CGACGAUGAAGACGCCGUGGAAGGUGCUCCUGGGACUGCUGGGGCUCGCUGCGCUUGUCACCGUCAUCACCGUGCCCGUGGUUCUGCUGAACAAAGGCAAUGAUGCUACAGCUGACAGUCGCAGAACUUACACUCUAACUGAUUAUUUAAAAAAUACUUUUAGGAUGAAAUUCUAUUCCUUGCGUUGGAUUUCAGAUCAGGAGUACCUCUACAAACAAGAAAAUAAUAUCUUGCUAUUCAAUGCUGAAUACGGAAACAGCUCCAUUUUCUUGGAAAACAGUACAUUUGAGGAAUUUGAACAUACUAUAAAUGAUUAUUCGGUAUCUCCUGAUGGACAGUUUAUUCUCUUAGAGUAUAACUAUGUGAAGCAAUGGAGGCAUUCUUACACGGCUUCAUAUGAUAUCUAUGACUUAGCUAAAAGGAGGCUGAUUACAGAAGAUAAAAUUCCAGACAAGACACAAUGGAUCACAUGGUCACCAGAGGGUCAUAAAUUGGCAUACGUUUGGAACAAUGAUAUUUAUGUUAAAAAUGAACCAAAUUCAACAAGUCAGAGGAUCACAUGGACUGGAGAAGAAAAUAUAAUAUCCAAUGGAAUAACUGACUGGGUUUAUGAAGAGGAAAUCUUCAGUGCCUACUCUGCUCUGUGGUGGUCUCCAAAAGGCACUUUUUUAGCAUAUGCCCAAUUUAACGACACAGAAGUCCCACUUAUUGAAUACUCCUUCUACUCUGACGAGUCGCUGCAGUACCCAAAGACUGUGCGGAUUCCAUAUCCGAAGGCAGGAGCUGUAAAUCCAACUGUAAAGCUCUUUGUUGUAAAAACCAACAAUCUUAACCCAAAUACCAAUGCAACUUCAGUAGAAAUCACUCCUCCUGAUGCUAUUUCAACAGGGGAUUACUACUUGUGUGACGUGACAUGGGUAAAUGAAGAAAGGAUUUCUUUGCAGUGGCUCCGAAGGAUUCAGAACUAUUCAGUCAUGGAUAUUUGUGACUAUAAUAUUGCCAACAACAGUUGGAGAAAAUCAGAGAAACAAGAACACACUGAAAUGAGUACCACUGGCUGGGUUGGAAGAUUCAGGCCUUCAGAACCUCAUUUUACCUCUGAUGGGAAUAGCUUCUACAAGAUCAUCAGCAACCAAGAUGGCUACAAACACAUUUGCCUAUUCCAAAUAGAUAAGCAAGAUUGCACGUUCAUUACAAAAGGAGCUUGGGAAGUCAUCGGAAUAGAAGCUCUCACCAGUGAUUACCUAUACUACAUCAGUAAUGAAUAUAAAGGAAUGCCAGGAGGAAGAAAUCUUUAUAAAAUCCAACUGAGCGACUACACAAAGAUGACAUGCCUGAGUUGUGAGCUAAAUCCAGAAAGGUGUCAGUACUAUUCUGUAUCAUUUAGCAAAGAGGCAAAGUACUAUCAGCUGAGGUGUUCAGGCCCUGGUCUGCCCCUCUAUACUCUGCAUAGGAGCAGUGACGAUAAAGAAUUGAGAGUCCUGGAAGACAAUUCAGCUUUGGAUAAAAUGCUGCAGGAUGUCCAGAUGCCCUCAAAAAAACUGGAUUUCAUUAUUUUGAAUGAAACAAAAUUCUGGUAUCAGAUGAUCUUGCCUCCUCAUUUUGAUACAUCCAAGAAAUAUCCUCUACUAAUAGAUGUAUAUGCAGGCCCGUGUAGUCAAAAAGCAGACGCUAUCUUCAGACUCAACUGGGCUACUUACCUUGCAAGCACAGAAAACAUUAUCGUAGCUAGCUUUGAUGGCAGAGGAAGUGGUUACCAAGGAGAUAAGAUCAUGCACGCAGUCAACAGAAGACUGGGAACAUUUGAAGUUGAAGAUCAAAUUGAAGCAGCCAGACAAUUUUCAAAAAUGGGAUUUGUGGAUGACAAGCGGAUUGCAAUUUGGGGCUGGUCAUAUGGAGGGUACGUAACCUCCAUGGUCCUGGGAGCCGGCAGUGGCGUGUUCAAGUGUGGAAUAGCUGUGGCACCCGUCUCACGGUGGGAGUACUAUGACUCAGUGUAUACAGAACGUUACAUGGGUCUCCCAACUCCUGAGGACAAUCUUGACUAUUACAGGAAUUCAACAGUCAUGAGCAGAGCUGAAAAUUUUAAACAAGUUGAGUACCUCCUUAUUCAUGGAACAGCAGAUGAUAACGUUCACUUUCAGCAGUCAGCUCAGAUCUCCAAAGCCCUGGUGGAUGCAGGAGUGGAUUUCCAAGCAAUGUGGUAUACAGAUGAAGACCACGGAAUUGCUAGCAGCACAGCCCACCAGCAUAUAUACACCCACAUGAGUCACUUCAUAAAACAAUGCUUCUCUUUACCUUAGCGCCCUGGAAUAGCAUGCCUGACCUAUUGAAAACCAUUUUUGUUCUGUCUGAAAACUGCACUGUUAAGAUGAUGAUCUUUAAAAAAAAAAUAAUAAUACACUCAAAUC